AUGUCCCUGUUACGUGACAACAUGAUGUGUAAAGACUAUUUCCACCACUGGAUGUAUUAGGCAUAUAUGAAGUGGACAACAAAAGUCUGUCUGACGGCUCUCUCUCUGCAAAGUUCCUCUCUUUGUAUAAAUCAACACAUGACCGGGUGACAACCAUGUUUAUCACUAAUGACUUUAAAUCCUACAAAUAUCAGAUAUCCAGGUGUGUUUCAGUUGGUUCACUGCCCAUACGUAAGAAAUUGGUUUAUUGUAAGGAAAUAUGGCAACAGAAAUACAAACUCAGUCACCAGCUUCAUCAUACAGAAACACCAAACUUGCUGUAUUUUUACUGACUACCAAAUACCACUAAACACUCCACUAAAAAUCUCAAUAUUAUUCCUCAGAUAGAUGUGAAGUUACUGUCAUUGAAUUCAUUCUAAAAUAUUUUGUUUUGAAGAACAUGUUUUUAUGAUUUUCUUUCUUGUGUGUGUUUCUCCUGUGUCGUAGGAGGCAGGGACGAGCCUUCGAGCUACAUCUGCACCACGUGUAAGCAGCCCUUUCCCAGCGCCUGGUUCCUCCUGCAGCACGCCCAGAACAGCCAUGGCAUCCGCAUCUACCUGGAGUCCAACCCCUCCAGUGCGUCGCUCACCCCCCGCAUCACCAUCCCUGGGCCCCCCAUGGGCCAGGACUCCAUCCCACAGUCCCCCCUCACCAACUUCCUGGGAGAGAACAACCCCUUCCACCUGUUGAGGAUGACUGGGCCCCUGCUCCGGGAGCCCCCACCAGGCUUCUUGGAGAACCGCGGAGGCCUCCCCAACACGCCGCCCUUCGUUAGCCCCCUGCCCCGCCACCACCUGGACCCCCACCGGCUGGAACGCCUUAGUGCAGAGGAAAUGGGGCUCAUCUCCCAGCACCCCAGUGCCUUCGAGAGGGUGAUGCGGCUGACGCCCAUGGCCAUCGAGGCCCAGUCCAUGGACUUCUCCAGGCGGCUCCGGGAACUGGCGGGGAGCAACAACGUGGCCACCCCUCCUCUGUCGCCCAGCCGGGCCAACCCUAUGCACCGCCUGCUCAACCCCAACCCCUUCCAGCCAAGCCCCAAGUCACCCUUUCACAGCACCCCGCCCCUACCACCCAUGCCCCCCAACAGCACCACCCCACCCCAGACGCAGGCCAAGAGCAAGUCAUGUGAGUUCUGCGGGAAGAGCUUCAAGUUCCAGAGCAACCUGGUGGUCCACCGGCGGAGCCACACCGGGGAGAAACCCUAUAAGUGUCAGCUGUGCGACCAUGCCUGCUCCCAGGCCAGCAAGCUGAAGAGACACAUGAAGACACACAUGCACAAGUCUGGCUCAAUGACAGGGAGGUCUGACGACGGGCUCUCCACCACCAGUUCCCCGGAGCCGGGCACCAGCGACGUGACCGGAGAGGGCAUGAAGAACCGAGAGGGAGACUUCAGGGGUGAGGGCGAAGAGGAGGAAGAGGAGGAGGAGGAAGAGGAGAUGGAGAACGAGAGCAGGCCGGAGUCAAACUUCAGCAUGGACAACAUGGAGUUCUACCGUAACCGUGAAAACGGCUCCAAGCCGUCGCCAGACGAGAAGAACUCUCUCUCCCUGGGCAAGAUGGUGGAGAACGUGGGCCUGAGCACUAUACAGCAGUACAAUAAUUUGAUAGUCGACAAUCGUAAAAAUCGGAUGCCCGUCUCUAAGAGGGGGUCCGACGAGCAGCGGGACACUGGGGACGAGGACUCUGUGGUGGGAGAGAUGGAGAGGGAGCACCAUCACCACCAGAUGGAAAGGGAUCACCAGAGGCCCACUGUUAACGGCAGGAACUGUGGCUCCGGCAACUCUUUCUCAAGCCUUUUCCCCCGCAAGCCCACACCAAUCACCAGCCCCAGCCUGUCCAACUCCUCUAACAAGAGGAUCAAGAUCGAGAAGGACCUGGACAUGCCCCCGGCACCACUCAUCCCCUCUGAGAACGUCUACUCUCAGUGGCUGGUGGGAUAUGCCGCCUCACGACACUUCAUCAAAGACCCUUUCCUGGGCUUCACCGACUCCAGACAAUCUCCCUUCGGCACCUCCUCCGAGCACUCGUCUGAGAACGGCAGCCUGCGCUUCUCCACGCCUCCCGGGGACCUCCUGGACGGUGGCCUGUCAGGGCGCAGCGGCACAGCCAGCGGGGGUAGCACCCCUCACCUGGGGGGCCUGGGAUCCGGCCGGCCCGGCUCCAAGGAGAGCCGACGGAGCGACACCUGCGAGUACUGCGGCAAGGUGUUCAAGAACUGCAGCAACUUGACGGUGCACCGGCGCAGCCACACAGGAGAGAGGCCCUACAAGUGCGAGCUGUGCAACUAUGCCUGCGCCCAGAGCUCCAAGCUCACACGCCACAUGAAGACCCACGGGCAGAUGGGUAAGGAAGUGUACCGCUGUGACAUUUGCCAAAUGCCCUUCAGCGUGUACAGCACUCUCGAGAAACACAUGAAAAAGUGGCAUGGGGAACAUUUGAUGACCAACGAGGUUAAAAUUGAACAGAGAGAAGCUAAGCCAGAUUUUCCUAUUUUGCCUCUUUCGCCACAACCUUGA